CGGGGGCGCUGCGCGCCCGCGCACGCCGGCCCCCGGCGCGGUCCAAUCCGCGCGCCUGCCGGCCCGGGCCUUGCCGGCGCGCGCCGACUUCCGCAUCCGGCUCCGGGCGCUUCCGCUCUUAGCGGGGCCCUUUGGGAGGGUGUACUCCAGAUCUCCAGAUGUCGGCCUGUGGGGUUCAACAGAGGAUGAGUCCUCUGUCUUUCUGUCACCAGUAAGCCACUCUUCCCACCUGCUUUCCCGCCAUCCACUGUCCUCAUGUCUACCUUACUCCUCAAUCUGGAUUUUGGUGAACCUCCCCCGAAAAAAGCAUUUGAGGGGAAUGCCAAGCACCGCAAAUUUGUCAGGAAGCGGCGGCUCUUGGAACGGAGAGGCUUUCUGAAUAAGAAGAACCAGCCCCCGAGCAAGGCGCCUAAGCUGCACUCAGAACCUCCAAAGAAAGGGGAGACUUCUAGCGUGGAUGGCACUUGGAAGGUGUCUCUCCUUCCAAAAAAGAAGACCGUUUCCUCCAGCAGUGGACCAGAGCAGUCCCUGGACAAGAAGGCUGCAGUGCCGUGGCUGACCCCUGCUCCUGCACAGAAGGCCGGGUCUGCAGUGGCUAAGGUGGAUUUGCUGGGGGAGUUCCAGAGUGCCCUUCCAAAGAUUAGGAGCCACCCAACUCGCCCCCACAAGAAGGGCCCCCAGAAGAACCCUACUCAGAAGAAUGCCCCGCAGAGCUCCACCCAGUCUCAUUCAGACAAUAAAUGUUCCGGAGCAUCCCAGAAGAUGCCAAGGAAGAUGGUGGCCAUUGACUGUGAGAUGGUGGGCACAGGACCCAAGGGGCAUGUCAGUUCCCUGGCCCGAUGUAGCAUUGUUAACUACCACGGAGACGUGCUUUAUGAUGAGUACGUUCUUCCCCCCUGCCACAUCGUGGACUACCGGACCAGAUGGAGUGGCAUCCGGAAGCAGCACAUGGUGAAUGCUACACCCUUCAAGAUCGCCCGGAGCCAGAUCUUGAAGAUCCUCACAGGGAAGAUAGUGGUGGGCCAUGCCAUCCACAACGACUUCAAAGCCCUCCAGUACUUCCACCCCAAGUCCCUCACCCGUGACACCUCCCAUAUUCCUCCCCUCAACCGGAAGGCCGACUGCCCGGAGAAUGCCACCAUGUCCCUGAAGACUCUCACCAAGAAACUUCUGAACCGGGACAUCCAGGUCGGGAAAAGUGGACACUCCUCAGUGGAAGACGCUCAGGCCACCAUGGAGCUGUACAAGUUGGUUGAAGUCGAGUGGGAACAGCAGCUGGCCCAGAACCCUCCGAAAGACUAGUGGCAGCAGGGCCGCGGGUGACGUGGGGAGGCAGGGCAUGCCGCAUGCAGGAGAGCCGGCCGUGGACCCGCGUGCCACCGCAGGCUGCAGUUCUGCCAGCUCGGGGGCGGGAGACGGAGGCUCCGCCCCAGGCUUAAUAGUCAUUGAAGUUUCACCUCAGGUGUUGUGUCGUGUGUCUGGUUAAGUGUUCCGAGGAAGGAGGAAGCCUCCGCGUCAGAAGCAGCCCUACACUGUUUACCUCUUACACGGUGCUAAGCACAGGUCCCAGGGUGCGGUGCUCCAGCGGGCCUUUGGAGCUUCACGGGGCACCCUGGGCAGUGGAGUUUCCCAAACGGCCUUCUCACCGGGGGGCCACAGGCCCCAUCGUAUGCCUUUUGUUGUCAAGUAAUUAGCAGCACCCUCUUUCACUCUCCGAAGUACCCUGGUUGGAUGACAGCAUAUCCCAGACUCAGCUUUUGGCUCAGAAUCUCCACCUAGUCUGUGGUGGUCUGUCGCCCAUCCUUCCCACCUUGAUCUGCAGAGGAUCCAUCCCUGGGGAGGUUCAGUUCCCCUUCGGGUUACAAGGCAGUAGAAGUAAGAGCGUGACUUGGAAAUCAACUUCUCUGGUUUAGGAAAGCAGUCCCUCUCGUAAAGUAAUAGAGAAUUUAUUUAACUUAGGUCCCCCUUGGUAGGUUAAAAAAGAAUUUUAAGUGUUUUCAUGGUUUUUAGUGUUUUACUUUGUUAAACCAAACCUCUAAAGACUCAAAUUAUUCCCUCGAUAAAUGUUUGUAACGGAAGAACAA